CUCCGCGCUUGAUGUUGACACUGUAAUCAACGAUGGUCGAAUUACAGCCCAUCUUCAAAAAGGCCUACUGGACGCUUGUGGCCGGUGGGCUGGCUUAUGUCCUAUUCGUAACGGCAUUGACGUUUUCAGCAGUCCAGCGCUUCUUCCUUUAUGCGAACAAGGUCAACCCUGCUUACUGGCAGGAUGUGAAUCAAGUCGAGCAAUUCGGCUUUUUAAGUACGUUAUUUGAAGACUCAAGAAGGGCUCGUCAUUGACAAUACUAGAAACCCAGGUCCAGCCAUUCCACUUGGUAACGCCCGACAAUGAAACCCUCUACGGGUGGCAUUUGAUGCCUCUGCACCUAUGCCGUGAGCAUGAAAAGGAACUGAUGGAAAAUCCUCCAUCUGGACCAGCUGCAGACUAUGAGCAGACCCUGGCCUUCAAAAUCUUGGCCAAUGAUCCCAAUGCCCGGGUUGUGGUGAGCUUCCACGGAAAUGCGGCCCAUCUCGGAUCUGCUCAGCGACCCGCCACUUACAAUACACUGCUGGGUCUCUCGACCCCAUCGCAUCCCGUGCAUGUCUUUGCUAUUGACUAUCGCGGAUUCGGCGUUUCGACUGGCAGCCCGACUGAAGAGGGCGUUAUCACCGAUGGUGUUUCACUACUCAACUUUCUUACUGCAGGCCCGCUGAGGAUACCUACUUCGCAGAUUGUGAUUAUGGGCCAGAGCCUAGGUACAGCGGUCACUGCAGCGGUAGCUGAGCGAUUUGCCUUUGGCCACCCUGAUCCGACCGCUGUCCAACCGGCCAUCAAGAAUGCGGAACCGUUCGCCGGAAUUAUUCUGUUGGCAUCUUUCAGCAAUUUGCCCAGUCUAAUUCAAUCCUACAGUGUAAAAGGCUUGACCCCUCCCAUGCUUUCUCCACUCAUCGGAUACCCUCGUUUCCAGAAGUGGAUCAUGAGUCAUAUCGUGGACCAUUGGGAUACAGCAGCAAGAGUGGCUCGCCUGACCGGUGUCAAUUCCCCAUAUGAAUUGGAUCACGUACACAAGGAUCUUGACCUGACUAUAGUGCAUGCCCAGAACGAUAUCGAGAUCCCGUGGCGCGAAGGCCGCCGUGUCUGGACGGCUGCGACGGGAGGAGACCUCAAGGGUGCCCCCGGAACGGUAGUUUUCACAAAGUCGGAAACCGUCAGUCCUUCUCAGGUUGAGAUUUGGGAGAAUAAGAUCACUGCCAAGGAUGGAUCCCAGGUUUUGAAGAAGGUCCGCUGGGAGCGUGUUCGGUACGGAGGUCAUAAUCGGGUUGCAUCAUUUUCUGUCGCUGGUAUUGCUGUUCUACGAUCAUUCGAGGAGUGAUGUGACAGAUGACGUGGUCAGCCUGCCUAUAUUUAUACGGCAGGGAAUAGGAUGUGCAAACAUUUUCUUUCUUCCCAUCUAUAUAUGUCAUGAAUGGAAGAACGUUCAGUCUGAAUGCAACCUCGAUCAAGACUUUGUUUUAGAGCCGUGGAGACUUAAGUACAUAUAACCCUAGGACCGAACAACUCAAUGUACCAUUUGUGUACUUCAAUCAUUUCCAGAUAACAGAACGUGAA